AUGGAUCUUCUACAUUCAGUACUUGGGUCCUGUCUUCCAUGCUUUCCAUCACUAUCACUACCCUCAAUCAAAUUCAACAACGCCAGUUACAAGAUUAUUAGGCUACUCGGUGAAGGUGGGUUCUCCUACGUCUAUCUAGUGCAUCUGUCGUCACAAUCUCCAUACGCAUUGAAACAAAUCAAUUGUCCCUAUGGAACUCAAGAUGAAACUUACAAAAACGCUAUACGAGAAAUUAAAAACUAUCAUCGAUUCGCCAACACAAAGACCCCUUACAUUAUUCAAUCAAUUGAUGAAUCGAUAGUCACCAACCCUGAUGGUGUGAGACACGUGUACAUUCUACUACCAUACUUUACCAAAUCAGUCCAGGAUGUAUUGACUGAACAUGUGCUCAACGGAACCAAGAUGGAUGAGCUGGAGAUUGUCAAGAUUUUCAUUGGUGUUUGUCGUGGGUUGAGGAUUAUGCAUAAUUAUAAACAAGUGUCGAGAAACGCGGCUAGACUAGAUGAUGGUGAUGAAGAGGAAGCUUUGUUGCAAGAUGAGGAAGAUGAUGACCAAGUUGCGGCAUCAGCGGUGGGGGCGGCGGCGGCAGCGACUUCGACGUCGGCUGCAGAACAUGACUCUACUGAAAUGGAAGAAUUGGUACCAUAUGCGCACCAUGAUAUCAAGCCUGCAAAUGUCAUGAUUUCAGCGGAGGGACUACCGGUGUUGGUCGACUUGGGGUCAUGUUCUAGAGCAAGAUACAAUGUUCGUACUAGACAGCAAGCAUUGGCAUUGACCAACUUUGCUCAGGAACAUUGUACGUUACCGUAUAGAGCUCCCGAGUUGUUGGACGUUGCCACCGGGACACAAAUCACAGAAGCUACAGAUAUUUGGUCUUUGGGGUGUUUGUUAUACAGUUGCUGUUUUGGUUACUCGCCAUUUGAAAAGUUGGAGAUUGAGCAAGGUGCUAAUUUACAUGUAGCUAUUGGGUCAGGAAGGUAUCAAGUACCGAAAGAUGGAAAUGGGUACAGUAAGGAGUUGAUUGAACUUAUCAAGAAGUGUUUGAAAGUGGAUGCUUCGGAGAGACCAACGGCAGAUGAGUUGUUAGAUGCAGCGUUGGAUAUAAGUAGCAAACUCAUGGUAUAG